UGCUGUGUGCAUGUCCCAGCAAGUGCUCCUGCUCACACUGUGUUGUCACACCUGCAAUUCUUACUGAGUCAAUUGCUUGCGCCUUGGAGGACUUGCCUCAAACGUCCACAGCCGUCAAGGGUGAACUGCAGCCCUCCAUCAUGAUAAUGGACGGACUAGACUCCCUCGCGGCAGCGACUAUUGCCGAAAAUUCACUUACUUUUAAUAUUGUUAGUUUUGAGACGUUAAAAGGUGGGGACUUUCAGUUACCGUCCCCCCUUGCGGUGUCCAUCGAUGGUCCAAACCCCAGCGAGGACUGCCUCAACACGCCCGUGUCCACGGCCAUGCCGGCCUUCUUUGGCACCCUGCACGACUCCUUCCUUCCUCUCACAGCGACCCCCGACGCAGACGAGCUCCGCGUGUCCGCCUCUUCACCGCUACCAUCGAAACCGCUCAUCAACUUCAACAACUUCAGCUUCGACAGAAUCUGCGACUCUCCGGCCAGCCUCGACUCUCACUCCUCGUUCGGCGCCAACGACCGCCUCGACAAGAGCGUCAGCAGCGACGCUACUUUCAUCGACAUCACCGACCACCACGACGACGACGUCGUCAAGCUAGAGCUGCUCGACGCCCCUGCCUCGCCCAUCCUCUCGCCCUGCAACGCCUCUCACGUAUCGUCCCCGUACGCGUCAUCCCCUGCUCACUUGUCACCUGAGCGCGGGUCGCCCGACCAGCACACGCCUUACUUGAGUCCUGAGCAACUUGUGUCUCUCUCGCCAGGACACGAAACUUCUCUUGACAGCUCGGUCCAAGUCAUGUACCCUCACCAUCAACAGCAGCAGCAGCAACAACAACAACAGCAGCAACAGCAGCAGCAGCAACAACAGCAACAACAACACCAGCUUCAGCACCAUCAACAACAACAACAACAACACCUUUCUCAACACCAACACCCACAACUCCAGCAGCAGCGGCAGCCGCAACAACUACAAGAUGCCAGUCAACUUUUGCUGUCACACGUUCCUCAGCAACAACAACAAAUUCAGCAACAUCAUGUUUUACAAUUGCAGCAGCAAGAACAUCAGCAGCAACAGUUGCAUCAGCAACAACUACACCAACAUCAAAUUCAAAUUGUGCAAACAGGGCCGCAGUCAUCUCAGGUCCAACAACAGCAUCAGGUUCAAAUUCAACAGAUUUCCACUGAGAAGUUGCAGUACAGAGGAAGUUUUACGGCAACUUCACCCAAUGUUUCAAUUCCCCAGGUGACGACACCUUCACCCACGACUCUUAGUGCGUGGCUCUUCCCUACCUCAUCCACCGAUAAGAGUGGGUCUUUAACCCCAUUCUUAGGCCUCCUUCAAACCCCUCCCAUCACCCAACCUAGUAGCUCGCCUCUAUUACCAGAACACAUCCCCCCAUUCUCUUCAGGGGCAUUUGAUGACAGGCUGCCAGCCAUUUCCAUAAAUCCUAAUGAUUUAUUAGUUCCAUUUGAAACUUCACAGUCACCAAUUUUAACUUUGAAACAGCCACCAACUUAUUCCUCAUCAACACAAACUAAUGUAGCAUCUUCUUCCUCGUCAAUGACAACUGCAUCUCUUCUUCCAAAUAUUCUCAUCCCGCAAACUCAGCAACAACUAUCUCAACAUCAGCCACAACAGCAUUCACAACAAUCGCUGUCUGUACACCCUUCUCAGCUCCAACAAGCUCAGGAGCAGCUCCACAUUCCUCAAUCGCAAUCUCAAGAACAUGUCAUUCCACAUGAACAAUUAAACCAGAUUGGUUUGAUAUCUGAAGACUUCGGUCGGAUAGGCGGCACUCAACAAGUGGCGGCAAAAUUCCAGUACGAAGUGGGCGUAGGGCGAAGUGGAUUCUCUGCUCAAGUUACGUACGGCGUCACAGCCACCAGCGGUCCCAUGGUCGAGCCUGUUGCUGGUCCUUCAGGAAGUUCGUCAGUUGUUCCCAAAUUAGAGCCCAAUAUUUACACUGAUUCCGCAGCUAAUUUAGCCGAGUACAACCAAUCAACCAGUAAAGGUCAUGAAAUUCUAUCGCAGGUCUACCAGCAAAGUCCGGUACCCCUCAAGUUAUUACCUGUAAAAGCGCGAAAAUAUCCCAACCGACCAAGUAAAACUCCUGUUCAUGAGAGACCGUACGCGUGUCCUGUUGAUACUUGCGAUAGACGAUUUUCCAGAUCUGACGAACUCACACGUCACAUUCGAAUUCACACCGGACAAAAGCCUUUCCAAUGUCGCAUUUGCAUGAGAUCAUUCUCAAGAUCUGAUCAUUUAACAACACACAUCCGAACACACACAGGGGAAAAGCCAUUCUCUUGCGACGUUUGUUGUCGAAAGUUUGCUCGAUCUGACGAGAAGAAGAGACACGCUAAAGUUCACUUGAAGCAAAAGUUGAAAAGAGCUAGCAGCAGUUCAGGCAGCACGCCAGGACCGAGUUCCGGCGUUGCGGAGGGGGUUCCUCCUACUUCAGGCAACGCUAGCAUGGAAGCGACACUGCCUAGCCAGCUUGAAGGCGACGCUGCUGACAGUUCAGGCUGAAUGCUGAAGCCAUCACUUCAGAAACCAAGCCUCACUUCGAUUAUGUGCCAUCAGGAGUUUGCCAUAAUUUAAGACAGUUGUAACAUAUACUAUUUUGAGCGAUGCUUGUACAGAAAAUUUGUUGGUGAUAAGUGGAGUCACGUACGCAUCGUGAGCAGCUUCUCGUCCUGACUAACUUUCUCUUAACUUCGUCUAAUGCUCUAACAUUGCUGGUAUCGAUGCUCUGAUACAACAGUUACCAAUACUUUGCGAGCAAUUUAUUUUUAUAAACUGCCCAAACCAAUGAUGCAUUUCUUUAAUGCUUUUUACAGAUUAGCCCAAAUGAUGCUAUUCAUUGCUCAGUGGUAGGUCAUCUUCUUAAGUUCUUUUUGGUGUUGAAUGUUAAGGCCAAUCUAUUGCUGUUGCCGGCAUUACAUGACCUGAUCUCGUCUUGUAUAGUCACUGUUUGGGCGUGACUGUAUAGGAUGCAGCCGUGAAGUGCAUCAUUGGCUUGCAAUCUUGUAAUUAAAUGUAAAGCCUGUUUUCAUGGUGAAACUUGAGCCUGCGCUCUUUAGGAAGAGUGGCAUAUCCAUGGUGACACAAUAAUUUCUUCGUUGUUUUACUUCUGUGUUCCACUGACUUAUUGUCAUGUUCGUGUGAUGUUGAGUGAACAACUCUUUAUAUGGCUGUGCUUUAAUCUUUAUGUGUAAGGCUUCAAGUAAUACUGUACGCUACGUGUGGCAGUUACUUUACUGGACGCGCAACUAUAUAUAAGAAUCUUCUAACAGAUUCUCAAUGUCAGACCACAAUGCUGUCUGUGCUUGCUCUCUCUGUUGAUCCACACGUAAAAUUGUUUACCGUUCAACGUUGUUUAGUUUGUAUAAUUUUACAUGAGAGAACAUUAGUAACAAAUGGAUCCUAUCGCAUUGUAGUUGUGAGUAGUGUUUUCGGAGUUUCUCUCAUAUUUUCAUGGUACAAAUUCAAAGGUCUUGGCGUAUGUAAUCAACUAUUGUAGGGAGAGGCCAAUAUUGCAUUGCUCUCCCCUUAACAAAGUUAAGUGUUUUCUGGUGUCGGUUCUGUCCGUAAUGUAAUGAGGUAUGUUGUAGUUGUAGUUAUGAAACUUAUGAUGUCGAGUUCAGGCACGAUGCGUGAUUGAAGUUUGCGCUCAACUUGGAUUAAUUUGCAAGUCUGCCUCACAUAGAACUGUUUUAAGUUAAAUAUUUUAUGAUUAGUGUGAAUAAGUAAGGAGUUCUUUAUGAAAGAAUGAACUAAAGGUUGUUGAGAUUGAAGUACUGAUUUUCAUAGUAAGGGUAAGAACUCAGCUGAGCUGGAUAUAAAUUUUCUAAUUCACGUAGUCGAACUAUGAUAUGUUUUCAAUGAAUAAAAUUAGAAUUUAUUUCCGUGAGAUUGGUUUAAAUUAUUGUCAGAAGUAUUAUUAUGAAAAAGAA